GAUCAGACUAAAGUUCAGAACCCUCUCCAUCGAUCCCUCUGUUUCUUCUUUCUUGCCAUGGCUGCCUAUUCUGGCUCAAACUAAAGUUGAGAACCCUAGAGAGAGGCAGUGUUGGCUAAUUGGCAGCUUGCUUUGGUUAGCUUCCAUUAAUUGGAGAGAAGAGUGAGCUUAGCUGUAGUGUAUAGCACACACUGACACGUCCAUGUACAUGCAUGCACACAGCAAAUUAAAGGCCUAGCUAGCUAGCCGUCGACGUAUACCUUCCUUGUCGCCGGGGUCACCGUGCCGAGGCGACGUCGGAGUGGCCGCUUUGCUUGCCGGCGAGGCCACCUCCCGGAUGCUCGACCGACCGACCAUGGCUGGCCGUGCAGUGACGACCUGAAACAAAAGGCGACAAGCUGCUCGAUCAGUUCGUCACUAGCUAGCUUGCUUCUUCUCGCCAUUGGAAAGCUUGGAACACGCGGUAGAGAGAGAGCGAGAGGAUGACGAUGACAGGGGGGCACCAUGACGCGCACCACGAGGAUUUCCAGCUCAAGGACACGAACCCGCUGCUGGGGGAGCAGUGGCCGAAGGGCGCGGCGGCGGUGCCGGCGCGGCCGGGCGGCGGCAUCGCCGGGUGGCUGGGGAUGGAGAAGCCGUCGAGCACGUACGACCUGGUGGAGCAGAUGUUCUUCCUGUACGUGCGCGUGGUGAAGGCGAAGGACCUGCCGCCCAACCCCAUCACCGGCGCCGCCAUGGAUCCGUACGUGGAGGUGAAGCUGGGCAACUACAAGGGCACGACGAAGCACUACGACCGGCGAGCCAACCCGGAGUGGGAUCAGGUGUUCGCCUUCUCCAAGUCGAGGGUGCAGUCCAACGUCCUGGAGGUGUACCUCAAGGACAAGGAGAUGCUGGGCCGCGACGACUACGUCGGCAAGGUGGUGUUCGACCUCGCCGAGGUGCCGACGAGGGUGCCGCCGGACAGCCCGCUGGCGCCGCAGUGGUACCGGCUCGAGGACCGGCGAGGGGAGGGCGGGAAGGUGAGGGGGGAGCUCAUGCUGGCCGUGUGGAUCGGGACGCAGGCCGACGAGGCGUUCCCGGAGGCGUGGCACUCCGACGCCGCCACCGUCCGCGGCGAGGGCGUCGCCAGCGUGCGGUCCAAGGCGUACGUGUCGCCGAAGCUGUGGUACCUCCGCGUCAACGUGAUCGAGGCGCAGGACGUGCAGCCGCAGGCGAGGGGCCGCGCGCCGGAGGUGUUCGUGAAGGCGCAGGUCGGGAACCAGAUCCUCAAGACGUCGGUGGUGGCGGCGCCGACGCUGAACCCGCGGUGGAACGAGGACCUGGUGUUCGUCGUCGCCGAGCCGUUCGAGGAGCAGCUGGUGCUGACGGUGGAGGACCGGGUGACGCCGCGCAAGGACGACCUCCUCGGCCGCGCCGCGCUGCCGCUCACGCUCUUCGAGAAGCGGCUGGACCACCGGCCGUUCGUCCAGUCGCGGUGGUUCGACCUCGAGAAGUUCGGCAUCGGCGGCGCCAUCGAGGGCGAGACUCGGCGGGAGCUCCGGUUCGCCAGCCGCGUCCACGUCCGCGCCUGCCUCGAGGGCGCCUACCACGUCAUGGACGAGUCCACCAUGUACAUCAGCGACACCCGCCCCACGGCGAGGCAGCUCUGGAAGCCGCCCGUCGGCGUGCUCGAGGUCGGCAUCCUCUCCGCCGCCGGCCUGCAGCCGAUGAAGAACCGCGACGGCCGCGGCACCACCGACGCCUACUGCGUCGCCAAGUACGGCCAGAAGUGGGUGCGCACGCGCACCAUGCUCGGCACCUUCGGCCCCACAUGGAACGAGCAGUACACCUGGGAGGUGUUCGACCCGUGCACCGUCAUCACCAUCGGCGUCUUCGACAACAACCACCUCGGGAACGGCGGCAACGGCAACGGGAACAACGGCGGCGGCGCGCCGCCGGCGAGGGACGCCCGCAUCGGCAAGAUCCGCAUCCGCCUCUCGACGCUGGAGACCGACCGCGUGUACACGCACGCGUACCCGCUGAUCGUGCUGCAGCCGUCGGGGGUGAAGAAGAUGGGCGAGCUCCGGCUCGCCGUGCGGUUCACCUGCCUGUCGCUGAUGAACAUGGUGCACCUCUACACGCAGCCGCUGCUCCCGAGGAUGCACUACCUCCACCCGUUCACGGUGACGCAGCUGGACGCGCUCCGGUACCAGGCGAUGGGGAUCGUGGCGGCGCGGCUGGGGCGCGCGGAGCCGCCGCUGCGGCGGGAGGUGGUGGAGUACAUGCUCGACGUGGAGUCCCACAUGUGGAGCAUGCGGAGGAGCAAGGCGAACUUCUUCCGCGCCGUGUCGCUCUUCUCCGGCGCGGCGGCGGCGGCGCGGUGGUUCAACGACGUGUGCCACUGGAAGAACGUGGCGACGACGGCGCUGGUGCACAUCCUGCUGCUCAUCCUCGUCUGGUACCCGGAGCUGAUCCUCCCCACGGUGUUCCUCUACAUGUUCCUGAUCGGGCUGUGGAACUACCGGCGGCGGCCGCGCCACCCGCCGCACAUGGACACGAAGAUGUCGUGGGCGGAGGCGGUGCACCCUGACGAGCUCGACGAGGAGUUCGACACGUUCCCGACGUCGAGGCAGCAGGACGUCGUGUACAUGCGGUACGACCGGCUGCGGAGCGUCGCCGGCAGGAUCCAGACGGUGGUCGGCGACAUGGCGACGCAGGGGGAGCGGCUGCAGUCGCUGCUCAGCUGGCGCGACCCGAGGGCGACCUGCCUCUUCGUCAUCUUCUGCCUCGUCGCCGCCGUCGUGCUCUACGUCACGCCGUUCCGCGUCGUGGCGCUCGUCGCCGGCCUCUACCUGCUCCGCCACCCGCGCUUCCGGACCAGGCUGCCGGCCGUGCCCAGCAACUUCUUCCGCCGCCUACCGUCGCGGGCGGACAGCAUGCUCUGACCAACCCACCCAGCAUCUUCAAAGUUUUCAAAUUUUCAGUCGAAUUACAUGAGAUUUCGUUUGCUUUUAUCAGUUUGCUGAUGAACGUGCACGUACGUUAUAAGUUUGGACGCUUGAGAUUUGAGAAAUUCCCCUCCAUGUAAACUAUGUUUGUCUCAAGGAUGGUAAUAAGUUCAUGCCUGAAAGGACCUCGUGAUGGCAGAUAGGAAAAUUGUUUUUAGCAAAACUCAUCGUAGCCAGAAAAAAGUUAGUCAUUUGUUACGUAGAAAAAAGCAUAAUGGAGUUAUUUUUAAAAUUGAUUUUGAGAAGGCUUAUGACAAGGUUAAUUGGUCUUUU